AUGGAGCAGGAGCCGGAAACCCCGGUGUCUGGGUCACCCUUGUCAGAUAUCGACUCAGACGAAUUUCCUGAAGACAAGUUCCACCAUAGAUCGCGUUCCCAUUCAAGAGACUCUACCAUCUCUGCCUCAGACGAUGAGACCGCAUCUGCUAUGAGCGCUACAGCGGUGGCUCUCGACAUCCCUCCCGCCAAACGUCGAAAGACUGGCGUUUCAAGCUACGAUCAUGCCACUCCUCAGUCAGCUUCAACCAUCAUCCCUCCUCGCUCGCCAACAGGCUCAAUAUCAAGCGACUCUUCAGGCUCGGUGCCUACUUCGCCUUCGUUUGCCAACCUUGGUCCGACGCAUCCCUUGUCGACCGCGUAUGCAGCGGCACAAGCCAACCCUGACAAUCCCGAACUGGCAGACUAUGUGCAGGUGACAAAGUGUCUAUGGGACGGCUGCACAGAUCAAGAGCAAGGCAACAUGGACAACUUGGUUUCGCAUAUCAACGACGUUCACAUCGUACCACGUCAGAAGAAGUAUUACUGCGAGUGGGAAGGCUGCGCUCGCAAGGGCCAGCCGCACACGAGUGCUUACGCGUUGAAGGCGCACAUGAGAAGCCACACCAAAGAGAAGCCUUUCAUGUGCGCCUUACCCGAGUGCGACCGUAGCUUCACUAGGUCUGAUGCUCUCGCAAAGCAUAUGCGUACCGUCCACGAGACCGAGGCCCUGCGUCCUAGUGAUCCAGUGCCCAGGGGUCAUACUGGCGGAAUCUCGAACGGAGGAUCAUCUAAUAUUCCGAUCAAAAGGCUGAAGCUGACCAUGGGCGGAAAGAUCAAUGGCGACAAAAAAGCCACCCUGGUCGGGGAUUUGCCCUCACUACCGACUCGAUAUACGGUUACUAUGAUGGGACUCAACCCCGAUGAUGUUGUAAUGGCCGAAGAUGAUGGGUCAGAAGAGCUCACUGACGCAGUUGACGUGGACAGUGUUCCGCUGUCUUUGCCUCUUCCUCCAGACUACUACCCGACCGAUAUCUGGGACGAUAUGGACGAGUACGAGCGCAAUCUUCCUCCUUCACAAUGGUUCCGUCUUUUGCGCCGGCAAAUACACUGGGCUGAACAAGAAGGACGUGAUCUGCAACAAGAGCUGGAAGGCCUACGGGCAACGACGGAAGACGCCAAGGGUAAUCCGGUUAGAAAGGGAAUGGGAGACGAAAAGGGAGCUGAUGAGAAUCGGAGGAUGGAAUGGCGUCGAUCGGAGGAGCUGCUGGACGCAGUGUUGCGGGCUGAAGUCGGACAAGUUUUGGAGAUGUUCACUGAUGAGAAGGUAGAUGAUCGAAACCCGUGGGAAAUGCUCAAAGGCCUAGACGCGCUCACGACGACCACCACCUCAGCGGCUUCAGUGGCAUGA